UUACCAAAACAAAAAAAACUAAGUUAGCUUAAAAAACCGAAAAAAAUCUGUACAGUAGCGAUUAAAACAUAUAUUAAUAAAACCCAUAAUAAAUCUUUUGAUGUUACAAUGCCAAUUGAGACUGAUAUUAGUACAUUUAAAAUGUGGGCCAGUAAAAUGGGAUGCCCAAUUAAUUGCGUACCUACAGAUGAAGCAUUAAAAUCAUUAUUUCGAUCACGUCAAAGCUCUUUGCUAUUUAACAUUAUGGAAAGAGUUCGUCCAAAGGAUGAAGUCGAAGAAAUUCGGAAGAAUAUUUUAUUAUCCAGAAUGAAAAAAGUUUCUGGUAAAACAUUAGAGAAAUAUGAACGUGGUUUUGGUCCAAGAGAGUAUCAAAGAUACUGCGAAAUUCAAGAUUUAGAGAGCGAAAAACAUUCUGUUGAACAAAAAAUAAAAGAAGCACAAGAAAAGUGUAAUAUGGAUUUAUUGAAAUCUAAAAUUAUACAAAAGGAGAAGUUAACAUCUACUCUAAAAGAUUUAGAGGUAAGAUGUAAUAUUCUGGAAUUAAAAUCUGAAGAUUUGGAUGAAAAAAUUGCUGCAGAAGAAAAAUUAAAAGAAAAAAUAAUGAAAUUGAUUCCAGCCAAGUUAACAUCACUUAAUAUGAAUGAAGAAAAUGCUUUAAAAGCAAUCACAGAAGCCUUAAAUCAACUUGAUGAAUUUUAUAAUAUAUGUUUAACAAGCUCAGAUUCUCAUUACAUUGAGGAAGCUAAGGAGAAAUUGUGGUCAAAAUUAAGAAAUAUAUUUUUAAAAAUUCCAAAUUCGUCAUUGUGGAAUGUAUUAAUGCGAAUGAAAGAAGAAGAACUACAAAAAAUAAAAGAUUUAAAUAAUAUUACUAAUAAUAAAGAUAAUGAAAAAUUUAAAGACUGUGAUGAUAUUAGUGAUUUUGAUUUACAGAUAAUAAAAGCAAAAUCUUCUGUUUUGAAUUUAGUUGGAAAUUUUCUAUCAAUUAAAAGAGAAGAAAACCAUUGGAAUGAUAAGUUCACCUCAAAUUAUGAUAAAUUUUGUAAUGAAAUUAAAUUUAAAAUAAGUGCUUUUGGUGCAGAAGAUUUAGAUGAUGAAGAUGAAGUUUUGUCAGAUUAUCUUGUACAAUAUAACACAUAUAGUUAUAAUAAAGGGCAAAAAAAUUUUUUAAUAAGUGAAAUUGAACGUUGCAAAAAAUUAGUUGAAGAAAAUAAUAGAGCUUUGGAAGAUCAUGAACUACUUCUUGGAUCCUUAAAACAAAUGUAUGCAGAAAUUGAAGCAAAUGUGAAGCGUACGCAAAAUAAUGUGGGACAAUUGAAUGAAGUUAAAGAUAAAAUACAAUAUUCAAAAAUUUUGUUACAACAUUUGAUUACUGAUAUUCAAUCAAAUCGCAAUCAGAUAGCAAAUAAAGUAAAAAUGAAUUUAUCGGGAGAAAAUUCUACUCUGAAUAUAACAAUGUCAACUGAUAGGUUAAAGCUGACACCCCCAGGCCCUGGUUUAUGUAGCACAAAAUUAGAUAUGGACGUUACUAAUUCGACCUUUGUUGGAUUUAAUACGACAUUUAGAGGAAAUACUUCAAUGAUGAUUAAUCAGAAUCACGGCUUAACAACCCUUCCCCAAUAUACCAACGAAUUAGUUUUGUUUAAGGAUAUACCUAUAAAAAAAUUUAAAACUGUUCCAAAAGAAUGUCAAUUUACUAUAUUGAAGGACUCGCUAUUAAAUGAGUUACCAGAUCCCACAUCUUUAUUGCAACAUUGCUCAAUGUUUUUAUUAAGACCAGAAACUGUUUUAUUAAAAUUUAAAGAAAAGCUUGAAUGGUAUGAUAAAUUGCAAUCUGUUGAUACUGAUAUUCAAAUGGAUUUUAAUUUACCGGAGAUUAAUGAAGAAAAUAUAAAGAGCAAAUUAAAAGAACAAAAUGAGGAAGUUAUGCAACUGAUAGAUGAAAUUAAGGAAAUUGGCAUUAACUCUGAAAGAUUAUUGGCAAAAUCAAAGAGAUAUUAUGAUUUUCUAAAAGAAAAUCCCUUAAAACAAUUUAUCCCAGCUUCUAAAUUAGUGAACAAUCAAACCUAUGCAGAUUAUGAUGCUGAAUACAACAUGUACUAUAGAAUGAUCAGCUCUUCGAAAAAUAGUCAUUAAAUGUUUUUGAAUGUGUAACUAUUUUUAUUUGCGGUAAGUUAAGAAAAGAGUUAUUUCGAAAGUUAUGAUAGUAAUUCCGUUUAAGCUUAGGAUUAAAAAAAAAAUUGUAUUUUGGAUUUGUAAUAGCUUUGAAAAAUAUAUUUUUUAAAUAAUUUAUUAUUUGUACACGUCUAUAAAAUAUGGACUAGAUUUACAUUGCGUUUGUUUGUCCCACAAAAUAUUUGAAAAAAUUGCAAAAUAAAAUUUUCAAAGUCCAUUCUAGAAUGUUUAGCUUUGCAAGAACACA